AGCGCGGCCCCGCUCCGGCCGGAGCAUCCUCGGCAUUCCCGGGGGAUCCGGUCCGGCCGGAGCAUCCUCGGCAUUCCCGGGGGAUCCGGAGCAGCGGGAGCCGCCGGGUCCGGUCCGACCGGAGGGGCUGCGGAGAUCCCGGCGGAUCCGGUCCAGCCGCGGACGGAGGCUCCGUGCAGCUCCCGCCGGGUCCGCUCCUGCCGAGCUCCGUUCCGCCGCCGCUCCCGUCCCGCUCCCCGCCAUGAGCUCCGCGCCCUGCGCCCCCCGGGAGCCGCCCCGCUACCUCAGGCAGCCAGGCGGAGGCGGAGGCCAUGGAGAAGGAGCUGCUGGAGGAUUAUCGCUUCGGGCGGCAGCAGCUGAUCGAGAUCUGGGGACACGCCUGUGCCGUGGCUGUCACCAAGGCGUUCCCGCUGCCGUCGCUGCCGCGCAGGCAGCCCACGCUGCUGGUGGCGUGCGGGCCGGCGCAGAACGGGGCCAUCGGGCUGGUGUGCGCCCGCCACCUCCGCAGCUUUGAUUACGAGCCCACCAUCUUCUACCCCAAGCGCUCCCCGGACCCGCUGCACCGCGACUUCACCACGCAGUGCGAGAAGAUGGACAUCCCCUUCCUGUCCUACCUGCCCACCGAGGUGCAGCUCAUCAACGACGCCUACAACGCCGUGGUGGACGCGGUGCUGGGAGCCGAGGCCGAGGUGGCCGAGGGGACAGAGCCGUGCGCGGCCAUCCUGGCCACGCUCCGGCACGUCCGCAUCCCCAUCGUCAGCCUGGAUGUCCCCUCAGGGUGGGUGGCCGGGGCGGGUGGCAGCGGUGACAUCAGCCCGGACGUGCUGGUGUCGCUGGCGGCCCCCAAGGAGGUGGCGCGGCGCUUCCAGGGACGGCGACAUUUCCUGGCCGGGCGCUUCGUGCCCGAGGAGCUGCAGCGGAAAUUCGGGAUCAGCCCCCGGGAGUACCCGGGCAGCGACUGCGUGGUGGCCCUGUGACCCCAAAUCAACCCGGGGACCCCAAAUCAACCCCGGGCACCCCAAAUGACCCCCUGGGAUCCCAAAUGAACCCCCUGGGGACCCCAAAUCAACCCCUGGGAUCCCAAAUGAACCACUGGGACCCCAAAUGAACCCCUGGGGACCCCAAAUCAACCCCUGGGGACCCCAAAUCAACCCCUGGGAUCCCAAAUGACCUACUGGGACCCCAAAUCAACCCCUGGGGACCCCAAAUCAACCCCUGGGAUCCCAAAUGAACCACUGGGACCCCAAAUGAACCCCUGGGGACCCCAAAUGAACCCCGGGGACCCCAAAUCAACCCCUGUGACCCCAAAUCAACCCCUGGGAUCCCAAAUCAACCCCUGGGGGUCCUGGGACCCCAAAUAAAGCCCUGGUGGGUUUGUGACCCAAAAUAAACCUCUGGUGGUGGCCCUGUGACCCCAAAUAAACCUCUGGUGUCCCUGUGACACCAAAUAACCCCCUGGUGGGGGCUCUGUGACCCCAAAUAAAUCCCGGGUGCUCCUGUGACCCCAAAGAAA